UCCUUUCUUUCUGUGUCAUUGCCACAAAGUGCCCGGAGCUGAAGGAGAAGCGCCUCUCUCUCUCUCUCUCUCCUUCUCUCUCUCUUUCUCCUCUCACUGUGGCAUGGGAAGCAAGUUCAAAGCUUAGGAGAUGGAGAUCCUCCUCAAGUUGAUCCCCUGGAUGCUCCUUUUGGCUUUUGCAGAAUGCUCAUGCAACAGUAGAGACCAAGAACUGGUUUCCAGGGCCUUCAGCUCCGUCUCCGGCUUCAACUCUUCCUGGUUUAUCUCUCCGCCGCCCAAUCCCAAAUCCAAUCUCAGUCUCCACUGUCCCCAUCCCCCAAUCACCCAAAUCAACCUCUCCUCCAAAAAUCUCUCCGGUGCUCUCUCUUGGGCCUUCCUCCGCAACAUGUCUUCCUUACGCACAAUCGAUCUCUCCAACAACUCUCUCCGUGGCUCCAUCCCCGGCUGGUUCUGGUCCAUCCAGACCCUUGUUCACGCCAAUCUUUCUAAGAACCGGUUCGGGGGAACCGGGUUCGAUCACGGUUCAGUCUUCCCUCCAUCUUCGUCCAUUCAGGUUCUCAGCCUCUCCUCCAACCGCUUCACCAACUUGGCCCGUUUUCCCCCUUUUCCGAAUCUCACAGUUCUUGAUAUCUCAUAUAAUGAUCUCAGGCUCUUGCCUUCUGGCUUCACCAACUUGUCUAAACUGCAACAUCUCGACAUCUCAAGCUGCAAAAUUUCAGGAAAUCCAAAACCCAUUUCGAAUCUUCGUUUUCUACGGUAUCUAGACGUUUCGAACAAUGAAAUGACCGGUUCUUUUCCUUUUGAUUUCCCCCCUCUGACGGGCCUCAAGUUCUUGAACCUCUCGUUCAACAGCUUCACCGGCCAAAUAACCCCUGCCUUGGUCCAAAAGUUUGGCAAAUCUGCGUUCGUUCACGCCGGCAAUUUCAACACUCCAAAGACCCAUAAAUCUUUCCGUCUGGUUCUAGCCUUAUCAAUUGCGUCGACGACUAUUAUUGUGGUGGGUCUGGCUGUUUUCGCAUGUUGCAUGUACAGGAAGAAAAAGAUGGCCACAAGACGCAGCAAAUGGACUGUCACAAUCUCUCAACCAAUCCAAUCCCUGUUCAAGAUGGAGAAAUCAGGGCCGUUGGGUUUCGAGGUCGAGUCAGGAUCAUCAUCAUCAUCAUCACCGGUCGUGAUGGUGGAGAAGCCAUUGAUGAAACUCACUUUCAAGGACCUGAUUGCGGCCACGUCGCACUUCGGGAAGGAGUCCCUAAUUGCAGAGGGCGUGUACAGGGCUGUACUGCCAGGUGAAAUGCAUGUGACCAUCAAGGUCAUUGAGCACGGCGCCGGAGCCGUCGAUCGGGAUGAAGCUGCGGCCAUGUUUGAAGACCUCGCCGGGCUGCGACACCGCAACCUGUUGCCGAUUUCCGGCUACUGCAUCCCAGGUAAAGAGAAGCUGGUGUUGCACGAGUUCAUGGCCAACGGCGACUUGCACCGGUGGCUUCACGAGCUGCCGGCCGGUGCACCCAACGUGGAGGACUGGAGCACUGACACCUGGGAACACAUGGACGGAGAAGGAAACGAACCCCACAUGUUCUCGCCGGAAAAGCUGGAAUGGCAGACGCGCCAUCGCAUGGCGAUGGGCAUUGCCCGGGGGCUCGCCUACCUCCACCAUGCUCGGUCCAAGCCGGUGGUUCACGGCCACCUCGUUCCCUCCAACAUACUGCUGGGAGAUGACUUGGAGCCCCGGAUCGCCGAUUUUGGACUGAGUCUUGACCGAGUUGGCGAGUCCACGGCAGAUGACGUGCACAGUUUCGGUGUAGUUUUGAUUGAGCUGCUGACGGGUCGGGCCGGGUCGAGGGAGACGGUUGGGUGGGUGAGGAGAUUGGUGAAAGAAGGAAAGGCGGCGGCCGUGUUGGACUCGAGGCUCAGACUCGGUGGUGGGCCGGUCAGUGAGAUGGUGGAGAGCCUCCGAGUAGCGUACUUGUGCACCGCGGAGUCGCCCGGAAAACGACCCACGAUGCAGCAGGUGGUGGGCCUGCUCAAAGACAUACAUGAUUACAUGGAAGAUCCAUUCUGAGGGAGAGGGAAAUUAUUUAGUAAAUCGUCGGGUCGGGUGUGAAUGGGUGUGCUUAUAUAUAAAAAAUUGAAGAUUUAAUUACAUUUACCCAUUCAUUCAAAUCUACCCUGAGAUUUAUUUAAUUUUUAGCCUACACUGAGUUGACUCAUCUCUUCAACUUUUCUUUUUUUGUAUUUUUGUUCUGCUAAAGGAAAAGCAAAAAAGAGAAAAAAAGAAAAGAAAAAGGGGUGGCAGAAUCCCACUUAUUGCUUGUC